AUGUCAGAGCCAUCUAUUCAAUAAUUUGGAAAACUUAAUAUAGUUAUUUAAUAAUAAUUAAAACCUGUUUAUGUUACCAAAGAAGAAAGGAAAAAAAGCAGUUAUUAAUAAUAACAUUAAAGAAAAAAGAGUUUUAAUGAAGUAAAAAAGGUUGAAAUUCCUGUGUUUAUGGGUAUAAAUCAAUAAACACAUUGGAUGGAUCUUUGGGAUCAAUUUAAAAAAGAAACCUCCAUUGAUGAAUAGAAUUCAAUAUUAGAGAAAAUAUUGAAAUUAAAAACUUGA